GUUUUCGGGGCCCAGGCACCGGUAAAGAUAGGCCUCUGAAGGGUGCCUCUGCGUAGGAAAUCUGAACGUAUGUUAUGGUCGAGACUCAUUAUAGGCAAAAGCACUGACCAGGUCUCUGCCGGUGGUGAGGUUGUACACAAUAGUGUUGUAAUCAAUCUCCGUUCACUUAUCUAUGUUGAUGUAGCCAUAGCAAUUUGUGGCAGGUGGACAAGAAAAACAAAAAAGGCAUCUGAAGAUGGAAAAUUCCCUGUGAACUACCUUCAACUCCUUCUACUUGAAGUAUUUAGAUUAUAUUCAUUGUUAAUGUUAUCGGAGAAGACUCAGUAAAACUAAAGUGAACGUGGCACGACAGGCUAAAACCGCGGAGAAAAACAAAGGACACAUUUCGCGUAGAUUGUCAUGCGCCUCGAAGAUUCUGAUUUUGUCGUACGUGAUGUUGUUGCUGAAGGUGAACUCCUCUCAAGAAUGAUUUUAAUUUUUUGUAACAUCUUCAUGUUCAUUACAACUAGAAAAAUAAAAGCUCUUUAGCUAUUGCUCCACCACCCUAGAAAGAAUCAAUGGCUACGGUCGAGGUCGUCACUAAUUACUUAAAUCCAUUUGAGUAUAUAUAAUGUAGCUAGAGUUUCAUGUUCUUAGUCGUACUUUUGUGGUAGACCACAACAAGCAUAAUAUUCAAGAAAAAUGUCCGUACAUAUUCCGAAGCUGCAAGUGUUGAAGAAGGCGGCUUCGGACUUUGUAAAGACUUACAACGUUGAAGAGCCGGAAAAUGCGGCUGGUGACCGAGUUUUGCGCAAGCUCCUCACCACACUUGGUGACGUGAAGCAGCUGUCAUGGAAACACGGCGUGACCAUUCUGCGACCCGGCCAAGAGCUGCCUGACCACCUCCUCGCAAAGGAAAAAGGAGAAGACGAUGCUGAAAACGACACGAAAAAACGAGGCAGGUCUUCGAGCAUAGCGUCCGCGAAGGGAAGUACGACAGGGAGCAAAUCAUCAAAAAACAGGAAGGAACGGUUACUACCAGACGAGGAUGAAGAGACGGAAUCGAACAGACCGGGUAAGAAGAGAAAGCUGUCGGCGGCCGGCCCUUCCACGAAACAAGAGGAAGCAGCAGGUGGCAAGAAGAAAAUGGCGAAAGCAAAAGCAGGCGGAAAGCAGAUCAAAAAUGAGCCUAUUGCGCCUCCUGACGACGUUUCAGAUGCUGCGAAAGCCGAGGACGAGAAGGAAACCGACCCUGAGGCAGUCCAGCUAGCAGCAUUCAUGAAAGCAGCUAUUGUCGAGGAUAGAGAAGCCUACGAGACCAAGCUUCUUCGAGAAGUAUGCGGCAUGUUGCUUCCGACCCUUCACAAGCUCAUCAGGCUAGGGACGUCCAAGAAAACCGAGUCAGCAUCCCAGGCGAAGACCAUGGAACUCAAUACGGUUGAGUGCUUUGGGUACCGGCAAUAUUAUUUCCUACCUGAUACGCAUUGCGAAAUUCAGCAACUGUGUUAUCAUCAUGCAUGUACUUACAUGUAGCCUGCUUCAAAUCGAUUACCGUACUACCUCAUUUUCAACGUUGUUAGCGGCAGCCCUGCUGGAAGUGCAGGUGUACUAUAUUAGUACUCCUACUCACUGUAGGAAAGAUGUUGUUGACCCUCUUUUUCUCCAUUCAAUGCAGGAUCCUUCCGCUGCAGGCAACGAAGUGCUACUUGGAGCUGCUCACGAUUAAGUAUAUUCCAAUGACGCUGCCCGUAGAAGACAUUCACGUAGAUAUGGUGCAGAGCGUCAAGCAAAUAUUUAAGCAGCUCCUUCAGUGCUGUUACGACUACAAGGAGACAAACGCGAACCGGUGGGGCCUUGAAUUUGACGCCUACAUGAAAGAAGAACUGGAGAAAGCUUCCGCGGAUGUGCUCGGUAAGAUCUAUCUCAAAUUUGCAUCUUGAUGUGAUCGUCUUUUUCAAUCAUUUCUAUGUUGUUUUUGUAGAACGAGAAGAAAAUAUCGAUUUCGUUUGUCUGGUGAUUCAUUGUUUCACAUUUACACUUCACCAUCUGAUAAGCGACUCCUAUUCAUCCACAUAAUCACUCAACAGUGCUCCUGCACGAGUACGUGGAACGACGUAUGCGCGCGAUGCCUUCUGCCCUUGUUGAACAGCUGAUCGUGUUGACUGUUGGCGUUUUCUAUUACUGUGCCACCACGAUUCGACUGUGCGAUGCGGCUGAAAAGUUAGUCUGCUCUUUCUUCUCGCGCGUCCCGGAUCUGCGGCAGUCAGUUUUUCAGGAAGUGCUUGGCGGAGUCUCGAAGAUACCACACAAAAAAACUAUGCGAAAAGAGUUCGUGGCGCCAUCAACAGGUCUCACAGUCUGGACGCGAUUAUGGCUGCGGCUGUUUCAGUGUGCCUGCAACCCGUUUGACGUUGCCGCAAGCUUCGACUCAACGGCCGUAACUCGAGACCAACUCGCAGCACAGUGGCAGGAGUUGCAGAGAAUGGCGACAGGAUUCGUUCACAAAUUCCUUAAAAAUCUGUUCAGACCGAGUACAAGCAAAUCAAGAGCACUCUCCGACGAACACAAGGAGCUACUCGAGCACACGAUACAUGAGAUUAUCGACGCAGCGCAUCGCCUCCCAGACCUUCCGGUCGCCUGCUUCGUGCUCGAAACCUUCGAGAAACUGCUUAGGUAUCUAAUACACGUAAAUUCUAAAUGUAAAAUGCGGUGCCAAAACAUGAUAGGCUCAGACCACUCAUGGAAGACAAAAAAGAAAAUUGCAAGAUAACUUUUUAACGGAUUGCUCAUUUUCUCUUCGCAGUUUCAAAUCGUAGUCAGCCUAAACUUCAUCGUUCUAGGUUUUUCUCGACGAACAAGGAUUAUGACGCGUCUGUGCGAGACUUGUCCUGCAAGAUGCUUGCUUUGACAAUCGCGAGCUGGCAUCGAGAGGUUCGCAGCGGAGGCGAGGAAUGGGAAGAUCCGUAUACGAAGAAGAUGAAGACGUACUCGAAACAACUACAACAAGCAGCAGAGGAGAACAAGAAUGAUGAUCUUGAUGAGUUCAUGAAGGAAGACGGAAAUGAGGCGGAGCAGGCGCGGGGAGCUGACGGCGACGGGGAUAAUCUCGGAAAUGCAGAUGCGAUGGACGUCGAUCAGCAGAACAAUCUAGACGGCGAAGGCCUAGAUCUAGACGGGGUCGACGGAGCUGCUCCCGCGAAAGAUGAAGCUAAAGAGGAGCAGCAGGAACAAGGCCAGACCGGCACCUCGGGCGAAGGUGCCGCAGCAGAAGGUGGAGCUGAAGGAGGCCUGGUGAAGGACGCAGAGCUUGCGGAAAUCAAGUUUGACCCGGCACUCAUCGGCGUGAAACGACCAGAAGCAGGCUCCCACUUCGACCUCGAUUCGGCUCCCGGCCGACCUGGGAGCCCAAAAGCGGGGCGUUCCAUGAAAAUGAAGCAAAAGGACGACAAAGACCCGGCUCCGAUGCCCACAGAAUACGAGCACAUUCAUCACUGCUGCUGGAGAAUGUACGAUGCCAUGCUAGAAGAGAAACCAGCGUUGUACGAAGACGUCCUGACAGAGGAGAUGAUGGAAGGGAAUAUCUUGUGGCAGCAUCAACUCCUCAUCUUGCGGCAUUUGGCAACGUGUUGCGGUCAGGGCGGGCGCUGCUACAUCCCACCGAAGGACCUCAUCGAAAAAGUAGAAGAGGAGGAAGAGAAGAGCAAAACCAAAGAUGAGAAGCAAGCGGAUGACAAAAUGAAGCGAAACAGCGCUGCUGCAGCCGACGACGGGGGAGAUAAUGAAGAUGACAUUUUAGCAGAGGACCAAGAAGAAACAGGGGGCAGCAAAAUGAAAAAAGGUGGACCAAUGAAAAAGGCAGCAGCAAAGCCGAAAGCCAAGAAUGGCGCGAAAGCCAGCAAGGCUGCCGUGAAGAAGGAGGAGCCGACGGACAGCGCUGAGCAAGCUGACAACGCAAAUGCAGCAGCUGCAGAGUCACCGUCAACUGCGAAGGAAGCUGAAGGAGGCUCGUCUUCAUCCACUACGAAAAAUCCAGCAUCGCAGGUCGUCGCGAAAAAUCACCUAAAGGUCGGAUUUCGGGACUGUGUCAUUCCUCCUGAUCACGAAGUUUUUGCACGCUCCUUCCUGAUCUGUUACUGGCUUCACAAGAACACGGAGGAGACGCAGAGCUUCAACGACGCCUUGCUUCGCAUAUUUGCGGAUGGCCUAGACCAGCCUGGUAGCGUCGCAAAUGUGACUGAGCGACGAACGAUCGAGCAUAUAGGUUUGAUCUCGGAUACAGUCUCCACACUUUUUAAGAAAGCAGUGGUACUCUUCAACCGAACAGAGAAAGCAGAUGCGGACUUCCGAUCCCUGAUGCAGUGUGGGAGCUCUCCAUUAGCGUCACUGCGUCGAACAGCUAUCAAUGGAAUGAACGCCGUUUUCAAGUUAUGCUGACGUUGAUGUUAUUCUUGUUUCUAAUGCAAGUAGAAGUAGAAGAAAAGAGUACUAAAGGAUGACUGAAGAAAAACUAGCAUAUUCCUGACCUUGACUCUCCAUCCAAGGCUGUAGUUGUGCAUGAGUUGGUUGUGGUUUUUGAUCGUGGCAAGAAGCAUCGCUGUUCAGUUCUUCUAACGCUUGAGAAUUUAGAAAUGAUCACCGACAGCCGCGUAGUGCGAUUACUUGACGUGAGACUGACUGAUGAAAGCAGCUGGGUACGCACGGCUGCCUUAGACCUUAUCGGAAAUUUUAUCGAGCUAGAGGACGAAGACAUGCGAAGUCGGGAGGAGUAUGCGAAUAUGCUUGCGACGUAUUACAAGGCCAUUCGGGAACGCAUAAACGACACCAGCACGUCAGUGAGACGGAAGAGCUGCCAGAUUUUAGCAGAAUUCAUAGUGACGAACCGUGAACACCCAGACGUAGCCGCUGUUGCGGUCGAAUUGUUGCGACGGUCGCGCGACAACCUGUUUAUCAAGGGCAAAGUUAUUGAGGCCUUCGUCAGUCUCUGGUUUCCGUCCGACGAGCAGUGGAUAGGGGGUGCCGGUGCCGUAUUCGAGAUCACGACGCAGAUGUGCAAGCAGUUUAGCUACGUCGUCUACGAGUCAGUUCAGAGCGGAAUUGAUAAGGAAUUCUUUCAACAACUCAUCAACUCCUCAACGAUGCAAGUUCACGGCGACACAAAGAAAAGUAUGAUUUCGAGCUGGGCAACGAAAGUCUUCGAAUGUUUUUGCAACAAAGACAACACCUGGGAAGAAACAUGCGCGUAUUUGGUACAACUAUCUCUAUGAACAUGCACAGAUUAGAUAAAUUGAACUUCCCAGGUCCGGAAACUGAGUUCCCGCUCUUAGUUCAUGGGUUUUUUUAAUACUCUUCUAACUCUUCUUGUUCCAGCACCAGGACCAGCCUUUCCAUUCGCUUGGCUUGCUCGUCUUCUUGAAGCUGCUAGAAGAUACUUAAUAAAAUAGAUAUUGAUAAUGAUAUACCCUAGAUAAUAUAAUGCUUCAACUCCUUUACAAGCAUGAAUUUUUCAGGUAACAAUGCAGUCGUUUUCAGCAAUUCAACCAGACGCCUACGCGCAACAGCUGAAGGGCUUGACGCUCUAUGUUCGGUUAGACAAAAACUCGACUGAUGAGAACGUUUAUGUAGCAACUCAAGUGUGCUACCUGAUGGCCAACGUCUUCGAAAGCAACCAGUCGGGCAGAAGGUACUUAAGUUGUAACGAAACCUGCAUAGCCAUAGUCACGAGCUUAGGUCUGAUAGUGAAUAUCUCAGAGCAGUUUAUAGCACGCAUGGUGCAUGGAGUGGCAUGGAGUGCAUGGAGCACUUGCGCCACUCCCACGCAUGGAGUGCAUGGGGUGGCCGCGUGUCACGCAUGGAGUGCAUGGAGCACGAGGUGGCGCGCUAGCCUCUGCCAUCAGCCGCUCCCCUCCUGUCGAUCGAUGGAGCAGCGGCGCAACGCAAAAUCGGCCCAGGACUGAGAGGCCGUCCCCCCUCGCCUGUCCGCUUUCUAUGGUUGCCGACCCAGUAGGGGGCGUCACUGUGAGCCUCGGGCCGUUCCCGCUUGAGAUUCCGGCCUUCGACGAGCCCCCCCGGCCUCCGGUUCUGCGGGGUACAUGCAGGAAAGGCGCCCCUUCAGCCCGGCAGACCCCGCCAAAAGGGGUCCCGCCGGGGCUGAGAGGUUCCCCCCUCGCGUUCCUAGGUCGGGGAUGGGUAUUGCGCCCUGGUUGAGCCCGGGGACACACAUACACAGCCCCCCUCUUCAACUUUUUGCAUGGGUCAGCCCCGUGUGGUUGCCUAGAGCGGUGCAGCAGUAGCAAGGCUUGCUCCGGAAGAGGAGUGAACCUCCCGAGGAUGCGACUUGCUGGGCCCUUUGCCGAAAUUUUCGGGCACCGAAGUACCUGGCAACGACCACCAGGGGCAGCAAUGUGUGCCAGGGCGCCUAAACCUAUGUAGCAGCAAGCCCGGACUGCCGGCCAGUGUGGGCGUGGUGCUUCGUCCUCGAGUCGACCGCCCCAUCGUCUCAUCGUUGCAGUACAGGGCUGAAGCGGACGAGUCUCGGGCAAAGGGGUGCCCGAAGGGCAUCCCGCAAAAUUUUCACGCAUGGGGUGCAUGGAGUAGAAGUGGGGGCUGGCAAGAUUCUUGCCACUCCAUGCUACUCCAUGUGAUCCAUGCACUCCAUGCCACGCACGCCACGAAAGCUUAUAAAUUAUUCUGAUAUCUGAUAGAAAAUUACUAGUGUAAGCAAUUUUGCUACUAUUUUUAUUAAGGAGUCUCCUUAAGGAAGCCUUCUUAAGGAAAUGGCAUUGUUCAAGAGAUUUCUAUUAUACGGCUCUAUAAUCUUAAUCACAAAUGAUCCAUUAUAGGCCUCUCUUAAGGGAAAAAAAUGGCCCUUAAGGGAGCUCCUUAAGCUUAACCUUCGGGGAGCACUUGUAAUAUUAAAGUUAGGCUAAUAUUAGCCCCUUCUUUAAGGGCUGCCUCAACCCCUUACGAGGUCCUCCCUGAGAAUUUAGAAGAGCACAAUAGGCCAAGCUGUGCGCUUUGCUAGCUGAGCUUGCCAUAACGAUAGCCAGCUUGCCAGCUUAGCCAUAGCCAGCUUUCUAGCUUAGCCAUAGCCAGCUUGCUAGAUUCGCCAUAGCUAGCCUGCUAGCUUAAUAGCCAUGGCCAGCUUCCUAGCUUUGGUUAGCCGUUGCCGGCUUGCUAGCUGAGCCAUAGCCACCUUGCUAGCUUACCCAUAGCCAGCUGGCUGGCUUGCUAGCUUAGCCAUGGCCAGCAUCUACGCGUGCUACUUUAUUCGAAGCCAGCCUCGCCUAGCUUAGUCGUGGCCAGCUUGAUUCAUUCUAGCAAGCUCCAAGAAAGCUCUCCUCUUUUGCUAGAUUCUCGUGGAGGUCCCGCGGAUUCUCGUGAAUUUAUUUGCGCGACCCCACACAUUCUCGGAAAAAGCACGCGAGUGCCAGACAGUAGCUGCGCAAUGAUGCGGGCGCACGAUGUCCGUCUAGACAAAUCCGCGCGCGUAGCUAGCUUGGUGACUCCGCGACUUUCUUCGUUUGGCAUGUCAUCUGCUUAGUAGUUGCUAACCUAUGCCCAGUGCAGCGGGCCCUUGAUGGGCCCGCUUUCUGGGCAUGUAUUUCUAUACAUAGCGGCACACUCUAGCUGGGCUGCAAAAAACGCAGAUUAUCGCUGGGCACUUACAAUCUCAAUCACACACAGUUGCUACAGCGCCCUGAAUGUCCCGGAGCUGUGUCAAUUUCUGAGGCAAAUGAUUCUUCUACAGCCGAUGGAGUCUGUUGUAGCAGCUACAACCUGUUUGUGUGCGGUUGUGAAGGUUCUCGGCGGUGACUGGGACGGUCUUAUCUGGACGUGGGUUGAGAUGGGAAUGAAGGCGUUGUGGACCAUCUAUGUGUCUGUGAAAAACAAGAAGAUGCCAGAAACUCAGCAAUGUCUCGUAACCGCACGUUUAAUGGUUUUAUUGUCAACCAUUGCGCAGAACAUCAAAGUGGACGAAGCGGACGGGAGUAUUCUAUUAAGGCGCAAUGAAUAAGAUUCAAUGAUUUCGACAAGUCAGCUCUCACCGUUCCCUUCUUAUCAAUAGGUUUAGAAGAAAUGCAAACCGGAAAUGCAGAUCGUUUUCCGCUCUAAUUCUAUCCGCGAGUAGGCGGAAGACAAUGCACGCCAGCGGCUGCUUCGGUCGCAAGAAGCCACGUACUGUAAAACAAGGCAGCGAUGAGGUGCCAGCGUUCGCCAAAACGCUCAAAGAACUGCUUUUAGCCCUGUACGAGCAUGACGACGAGCGCUAUUCACCAGUGGUUUUGCCUUGCCUAGGUAGGUUUCUCAUGACGCACCGCCAGUUUGCAAGAGAAAAACUAGUGCAAGACGCAUGGAGACAUGCACUACAGCAUGACACUGAACACGUUCUCGCACGCCAGAAUGCCAAAAACUUCGUACACGAUGGCGAAGAGCAGGAAGACGCCGAAAUGAUCGACGUAGCAUCUGAAAAAGACGACGAAGACGAUGUUUUCCACGAUGCGAUGGACGAUGAGGAAGCACUACAUUAAGUCAGAGAUACUUAAUCUAUAGUCUUAUUGUACUUCAUCAAGAAUACAAUCUCACAUGAAGCUCCAGCAUAUGUAACUUGAGCUCAGUUCUAGACGACCUCGACUUCAUAUCAAGAACAGCUAACUGAACUCAAACUCAUUUCUACACGAUCUCGUAGUACGCAUGAAUUCACUAGAAGUUGCGUAAACUAAUUGAGUAGAAGGGAGGCCGAGGAGAGGCUUUACUAAGUUUGUCUUCUUGCUUGAUCUGCUGUGAGUCGUGAGGAAUGAGUUUUUGAUUAUUCGAAUUCUAGAUAGAGGGAGCACACAGCGCGCCGAUCGAGGCAGAGCACGCGCGACGGCCAAAGAUACCGAGACUAACAGGAGACGCAAAAGAAACUGUUGACGCCGCUAAGAAUCCCAAGGCUGGCUCAUCAUCAGACGCAUCGAAAGACUCAACGUCUCCUCCACCAGCGAAUGGCGCUGAGGCUCCUGCAGAGCGGAAACCCAGUGGUGGCCUCGAGAAAGUCGCCACACCUAGACCAGGGAGUGCCCAGCGCGGCUCCGUCAGUGGAGAUGCUAGUCGUGGCGAUGAUCCGACCCUCAUUAACUUGCUGGGUCUCGAGCGAACGGACGAAGUGGGCUUUGACUCUGCCACCGGCUUUCGGCCCGACGCUUGGGUUCGACGCGGGAUCAAAUCGUUGUUGGACCUCCUUGUCUACUUCGGCGAUGCUGCUAACAAGGAGUCAGAUAUUAAGUUCACUGAUGCCGACAAGAGCGACCGCAAGGGGCAAUGCUCCGCUGCAGAAAGCUCCAGUCCACUGCAAACGCACUUGGACAACGCCUUGACCUUGCUGUUCGAGCAUCCGGACAAUGAUCGCAGACGAGACGCGACUGGCAUUAUCCGCGAGCUCCACAAUCAGGGUCUUUUGAACCCCAUGAACGUGUUUCCGAGACUGGUUGGUCUCUGCUUCGAGAUCGGGGAGGUGCCGAAGGGCGCGACAGAUUUAGCAACGCAGAUGCUGCAAAGCCGGCCUCAGAUGUUGCUGUCGCGGGUUGCGGACUGUCUCAGCAAUGCGUUUCUCACCCUCUUACGAAGUGAAGCCGUCUACGGAGGACAGGACGACAUCCUCCCAACGCAUUUCGUCGCAAUGUCGCAAAUGUAUCAAGACUUUCAGAAAAAAAAGGGAAUCAGAGAACCCUUCUUUUACGGCGAAAUUGUGUCAACGUGUGGGAUAAGGAAUUAUUUCCAACGAACUUUUGCAGUGGUCUUCUACUAGCAUCUUUCCUUCUUCCACGAGCUGCCACUAGAAGAAAAAUACGACUGAACCAUGUUUAGAAUCGCAUUGGUAAAGAACGACAAGACCGCCAUCCACGUGCACAUUCUCGUCCACCCCCUUUCAUUUAGCGAAGGCAUUGAUGGAUCAAGUUGCGAGUAUAGGCCACAAAGAGAGCUGGGACAACCGGUUUCCGCAGUUCAAAAGCCUUGAAGCUGUCGUCAUCGGAAAACUCACUGAGAGGGUGCCCGAAUGGCAAGACCUUCCGAGAGCCUACCUCUAUCGAGCACUGUAUUGAUGUUUUUUUCCUUGCUUAAUUACUGUAGUUGUACUAGUGAUUUUAUUGUCUCAUUUAUGGUACUAGUACUAGUACUUGGAAGACGAGCUCAAUCAUGAUGUUGAUGAUCCUUACCCCGCCGGUUGAUACAUUGGUGUACGCGACAAAGAGGGUACAGGUUCGUGCAGUUCGUCUGCUGCGUCAUAGGAGCCUUACCCUUCCAGCACGAGGCGGAGCCUCUUUUCCUGGUUUACCAUAUUACGCGAUGGACGACACUCCAUGCCGACAGCAAAGUAUCGCAGUACGAGCAAGCGGAGGGAAAAGCAGUCGAUAAGUUAGACCUCUUUUCAGUGACCGUCUCGAGCGCGGCUCUGACACUUUUGAAGAAAGCUCUGAAAGAGGAGUACAAUCUUACCGACGACCGCUGCCGAGAAUACGAGCCCAACGAAAAUAAAGUCGAUAAAGGAGGCCGCACAUUGGGUGGCGUCGGUGACAAAGGCGACGAAACGCAGGGCGCGUCAGGCGGCCUCAAAAUCAAGUUUCCGCUGCCGAUGUGGAAGUCUAUCGCAGAAGAGUUUAGCGUCGAUGCGGUAUUUCUUAACAUGUUUUUUUAUUUAGUAAGAGUAAAUCCGAAUCAAAUCUGACAGAUAUCGAUAUGAAUGUCUCAAAAUGCGGCUGUACUAGCAUUUGCUGUUGAUUUGUUAUCACUUCUGGCGUGCGUGUGAGUGUGACCAAGCGUUUUCAUCAUCUUAUGCAUCGAAGCCAUGCCCAUGACUGUGCGUGUCCUUUGAUUUGCCCUUGUUUGGGUCCUGAACGAAAAGUACGAUCUAACGAUGUCUUCUUACAGGAAAAGAAUGUGUCAGUCCUGCGGCAGAUGGCCGAGCGCGAGGGAGCACAUGACGUGAACGUGAAUCGUAUUACUGUGCUCCUCAACAAUAUGGGUGAAGGCGGAAAGCGGACCGGAAAAGGAAGAGGUCGAAAAAAGGCAAAUCAACCAGCAGCUGAGGUGGGUGAGGCACCCGCAUCGGGAAAUGCGGAACCCCAGGAGCAGGCUAGCACGGGAAAUAAAAGACCUGCGAAUAAAAAGGCAUCGAUGUCAGGCAGCCCACAGGACUUUGACAUGGAGGAGGAAGUGGUAAAUAACAAGAAGAGCAAGAAGGCGGCCAAAGCUGGAAACAACAAAAAGGGCAAGAAGUAAAACUGAGAACACAACCUCCACUUCAACUGUUUUUUAUUUUUGGCGAGGAUUUGAAAUAUUUCAUUGUCGCUAGUACACCGGGAGAUGUUGCUACUGCCAACAUUUUUACAUCUACUGUCCAAUUCUAAAUAAGAUCCUUUUAUUCUAUAAAAUAUACUGAAACUAAUCAUUUUUUCAGCCCCAACCAUAUAGGUAAGUACUUGAAUGAGGACAAGCGGUCACUACAUCUCCUGGACUACUUCUAUUGAGAACAAAAAGCUUCGGAAACAAAUAUUUGAGAAUUGCCAUGCGCAUGGAACACACUUGUAACCGUAUUCAAAUCGAAUAAGAAUAACCUACAACAACACGAUGAACUGAUGAACUAAUUACCAAUCAUCUAGUAUCAACAACAAGGAGGAACUUUCACAACUAUUUUUGACAUCUUCAGCAACAAAGCUAUGCUGGAGAAGAGUUUUCGCAUUAAUCAUAAUCUGUUCUCAAUCCCGGGCAAUGUCAAAAAAGGCAAAGCCGCCUUUCUGAAUCAGAUGAUCUGCGUUCGAAAAGCAGAUCAUCUCCCUCGCAUCCGCUGCGGGUAUGAUGCAGAUCAUCUCGCUCGCAUCCACUGCGGGUAUGAUGCGCGUGAUUCUCUGUUCAAAGCAGAGGACGAUAUUUG